UAGUUGAUAAGACAAAAAGUGGUGGAAAAUAAAGUCUAAAAGCUAAAAAGAAGCCUAAACCUAUAUUGUCUCCUUACUUUUCCAUUUUGUCAAAAGUAAUUUUGUCUUCUUGUAAUAAUUAGGGUUACUUUUUAUCAACAAUUUAUCAACAAUUAACUAUAGUCAUGUAACUAGGGUUAAAAUUAUGUAACCAGGGUUGAUAAAAGUUUGUAAUAUUUGCCAAUAAAAUAUGCAUACACUAAAUGUUAGUUUGUUUUCCCAAAAUUAAACUUGUAUCUGUUUCUUAAUAAGGCUUUACCUUCAUUGAUUGACAUGCUUUUAGGCUCUGGAUAAGGUCAGCUUGGAGAUGAAGUUCGAAAGAAAGAAGGAAAGCUAGACUCUACAGAUGGGUGCAGUUAGCGAAAAUGGUGAGAAUUGGAGCAUGGGUCAGAGGCAAUUGGUGUGCCUUGGUAGGGUCCUACUUAAGAGAAGUAAGGUGUUGGUGCUUGAUGAAGCUACUGCAUCAGUUGAUACUGCCACAGAUAAUUUGAUUCAGCAAACUCUUCGGCAAUACUUCUCUGAGUGUACAGUCAUUACCAUUGCACAUAGAAUAACUUCUGUUCUUGACAGCGAUGUGGUUCUGCUUCUCAAUCAAGGACUUAUUGAAGAGUAUAACUCACCAGCAAAAUUACUAGAGGACAAGUCAUCUUCCUUUGCUCAGCUUGUUGCAGAAUAUACCAUAAGAUCCAAGUCCAGUAGUUUCUAGCUAGAUGAUGACGAGAAUUUGGGGAAAUGAGCCAAAUUAUAAUACAAUAAUAAAUUGGUCAGAACAUAAGUCCAGUAGUUUCUAUAUUUGUAUUGUUGUUUAUAAUUAGGUUGCUUUUAGAACUAUGUAAGCAUGGAAAGUUAACGCUUAUACUUACUAAUGAAAGAAACAAAGGAAAUUGUUAUUGGGAGUACUUAAUAAUCAUAAGUUGUUGAAGUCUUAUGUCGUCCCCCCGUUUUAGUUAUUAUGGGGAAUAAAAAUUUGUCUAUGCAUUCGUAAUAAUUAUCACUUAAUUUAUCAUUA